GAGAGAGAGAGUGGGGAGCUACGAGGUGAUUGAGAACAAAUCUGAUUAAAGUUUGAGUCCCAGAAGUUGGAGAGAGGGAAAAAGGCAAAGCUGUAGUUUGUAGAACUCGCGAAAAAGAUCGUAUUUUUUAUUGCACAUUAUUCACAUAAACUCGAAUUAGUGUUGGGAACUUUUUUAUUCUGAAUGAGGGCAGACAUUGGCAAUCUUAGUCAUAGAUCCAUUCCGUGGGUAUAAACGGUGAGAGGGAGAGAGAUAUUCAGAUAUAAAAGGUUUGGUUGGAAUUUUGAAGGGGUGUUAAAAGGGUUAGUGAUAUUUUGCAAUUUUCGAGAUUUGAUUUUUCAAGUGUCUCGAGAAAUAUGGAGAGCGGAACCGAGCAAUCAGCAGCUGCGUCAUCUUCGGCGCCGCCGGCGGAGGAGCUGCUGAGGAAGAUUCAUGAAUUAGAAUUAGGUCACGCGCACUUAAAGCACGAGAUGUCGAAGCUGAUCACGACUUCCACGGCUGAAAUCAUGGCGGCUGAUCGCCGGCAGAAGCAGAGGUCUCACUCCAUUUCGCCGCAGCGGGUGCCGCGGUGGAGGACCGCCGCGGGAGAUGGGAAUGCGGUGGCGGCGUGGAAGAAGGGCUCCGCCACUUUCCGGCAUGCGUCUCCGCUGCAGAGGGAGAGCCAUAGCACUGAUUCGUGGACGGCUGGCGGCGGAGCUCAUGGACCGGCGGCGGUGAAGCUCACGGAUAAGCAGUAUCUGAAUAUACUGCAGUCGAUGGGGCAGUCUGUUCAUAUAUUUGAUCUCAAUUUCCAGAUAAUUUACUGGAAUAAAAGUGCCGAGAAGCUAUAUGGGUACUCGACUACAGAGGCUCUAGGGCAGGACGCAGUCGAGCUACUAACAGAUCCUCGAGACAGUGCUGUGGCUAGUAACAUUGUGCGUCGUGUGGCAGCUGGUGAAAGCUGGACAGGGCAGAUUCCGGUUAAAAACAAGAGGGGAGAUAGGUUCUUAGCGGUGGCAACGAACACCCCUUUCUAUGAUGAUGAUGACACUUUAGUUGGUGUUAUAUGUGUAUCGAGUGGUUCUAGACCAUUUAUAGAAGCACAGGCGGUAAAUUCGGAACUCGGUGAUUCAGGAACGGGGUCAAGAUUUAGCAGGGCUAGAACCAUUUCAGGCAAAUUUGGACUUGAUCAUCAGCAGCCUCUACAAGUAACGAUUGCUUCAAAAAUAUCAAACUUGGCUACUAAGGUAAGCAACAAGGUUAAAUCGAAAAUGAGGCCUUCAGAGAACUCAGAUCGUGAAGGUGGGAGUAAUGAUAGUCAUCACUCGGAGCAUGGUUUCCCAGAAGCAAUGUCCGAGCAUCGAGAGGAUGCGGCUUCAAGUGGAGCUAGUACGCCUAGAGGUGAUAUACAUCCUUCUCCAUUUGGUGUGUUCUCUGGUGGUCAUGAGGAAAAUUCACCAGGCAAGCCAUCUAGAGAUUCUGGUGACGAGAGCGAGGGGAAACCAGGAAUCUCUAAGAUUCUUAGCUCAAAGGCUGAGGCUUGGAUUGCUAAGAAAGGUUUAACAUGGCCAUGGAAAGGAAAUGAACAGGACGGGGCAGAACCAAAAUCUGGCCGAUUUAGCUGCUCAUGGGAGAACAACCAAGAACAUGAGUUGGGGCCACAAAAGAGUGCUGCUGAUUCAUUAAAGCCAGAAAACCACACCGCCAAGACCAACCAUACAGCUAAUAAUGAGGCUCCCGGGUCUUGGUCAUCUUUUGUUAAUGUUAACAGCACAAGCAGCGCUAGUAGCUGUGGAAGUACGAGCAGUAGUGCUCUUAAUAAAAUUGAUAUGGAGACUGACUGCUUGGAUUAUGAAAUCUUAUGGGAGGACUUGACUAUUGGAGAACAAAUUGGACAAGGUUCUUGUGGGACUGUAUAUCAUGCUCUGUGGUAUGGAUCAGAUGUUGCUGUCAAAGUAUUCUCCAAGCAGGAAUAUACAGAUGAUAUGAUCUUGGCCUUCCGACAGGAGGUGUCGCUUAUGAAAAGACUCCGACAUCCAAAUAUUCUCCUCUUCAUGGGCGCAGUUACUUCAUCUCAAUGCCUUUGCAUUGUUACGGAGUUUCUCCCACGUGGAAGUCUGUUCCGGUUGCUACAAAGGAAUUCGCCUAAAUUGGAGAGGAGGCGGCAUAUUCAGAUGGCUUUGGACAUAGCACGCGGCAUGAAUUAUCUUCAUCAUUGCAAUCCUCCCAUUAUUCAUCGUGAUUUGAAAUCUUCAAACCUUCUUGUCGAUAAGAACUGGACGGUCAAGGUCAGCUUGCAGUCACCUUUACGCAUCAAUUCCAGUCACUUGCUUUGCAUUCAUUCAUAUAAUUUUAUGCAUCAUACAAAGGUCGGUGAUUUCGGUCUCUCGCGUCUUAAACAUGAAACAUAUUUGACAACAAGGACAGGAGGGAAAGGCACGCCUCAAUGGAUGGCUCCCGAAGUUCUUCGUAACGAACCUUCUGAUGAGAAGUCCGAUGUGUAUAGCUUCGGUGUGAUACUAUGGGAACUUGUCACACACAAGAUUCCCUGGGACAAUCUCAAUUCUAUGCAGGUAAUUGGAGCUGUGGGCUUCAUGAACCAACGCCUCGAGAUUCCAAGUGACGUUGAGCCACAGUGGACUUCCCUUAUCGAGAGCUGCUGGCAUAGCGAACCCCAAAGCCGGCCUUCGUUCCAAGAAUUAAUGGAGAAGCUAAAAGAUAUGCAAAGGCAAUGUGCAAUUCAGAUGCAAGCUGGGCGAGCUGCUGCUGCCAAAGAAAGGUAGAUAGAUGCAGAUAGCUGUGCAUUCUUGUGCUCUGUGUUUGUAGCAUUACUCCCACCUGCACAUACUGUAGCAUCCCCGGAGGUUCAACCGUCAGAUUCUGCCAGCAACGUUGUAUGACGAGACAGAGAGUGCAACAUAUCCUGUAUAUGCCUCCGGAGAAGGACAUGAUUCACAUUUGUGCUUGAUUGAAUGAUUCGUGAUUCUCAUUUUUGGCUCCAUCUGUGACUAAAACAAUUCAAGAUACACCUUAUAUAAAGUUCCAAACUUGUUUGUUAUAAA